CUACAGUAGCUAUGGACAAAGUAACACAGACAGACCUGAAUGGUGCUGAGCCUUCCGGAUCAGACAAAUCUCAAGAUCUGGACCAUGUGAAUGGGUGUUACAGGGACGAUUAUCAUGGCAAGCAAUGCCUGUCAAAUGCAGGAGCAGGGCAGCGGUGGUUCGCUAUCAUCACUAGCACAGGUAGCAACAAGGAGAGCAAAAUCAGAGGACAGAAACUCAAACGAAGAUGUUUCUAAUGCACACAACAGGAGAGAGCUUCCCUCCAGAAGACAGGCAUACAGAAAAGUGUCUUCAGAUCCAGCAGGUCCAAAAGUUGAAGAGAUAAAAGAAGAGGUAGCGCCUUGCAGUGUCCCACCAGGGCCCGGCAUGCCAGCCUCUAUUUAUCAGACAAACCAUGGCCAGUUCAUUGCUUUUACUCAGGAUGGUGCCAUCCAGCUGACCAGUGCUCUACCUAGGGGACUACAGGCCUUGCAGCCUCUGACCAUGUCCAACUCUGGAAACUCCCAGUCUGCUGCAGCUAUCGUCCAGUAUUCCCAACAGUCAGGAGAUGGCACUCAGCAGUUCUAUAUGCAAGGCAACAAGGGGAUGGUAAAAGCUUCCACUGGUGACAUGUCAGGCUACCAGAUCUGCACUCCCACCUCCAGCCUGCCCCAGGGCGUUGUGAUGGCUGGCUCCCCAGGCUCCCUGCACAGCCCCCCACACGUGGCUGACGAGACCACACGCAAGAGACAACUCCGCCUCAUGAAGAACAGGGAGGCUGCCCGCGAGUGUCGCCGAAAGAAGAAGGAAUAUGUAAAAUGUCUUGAGAAUCGGGUGGCUGUGCUCGAAAAUCAAAACAGGACUCUCAUUGAGGAACUAAAAGCGCUCAAAGACAUCUAUUGCCACAAAGUUGAAUGACCACAGACUGCUAAUGGCUUGAGGGUGUGCGCCGCAGUAACAGUUUACAGAUAACUGUAAGGGUAUCCUGGAGAAUCCGCUUUGACUCGAUGUCCAGCAUCUGCUCUCACACACCAAAAUAUACAAAAACAACACCUCUUUUCCCGAUCCACUUGUUUAGAAGACAUGUUCCGUACUGUCGUCAUACAACAUUUUACAGUAUCUGGCCAGUUGUGGCGCGAGUACAGCGAGUAUUAUGAGGUGCCCCUGUUGCUUUUCCUUGUUGCAGGCAGGCAGCCAAAGAGUGCCGGCGGAGGAAGAGAGAGUAUAUUCGCUGUCUGGAGACUCGCCUCACCAUGCUGGAGGCCCAGAACAAGAAGCUCAUGGAUGAGCUAAACUACUUUAAGGAAAUGUAUGGAAUUAAGUCGAGUCAGUAACAGUACAGCAUACUGUACAUACACACCAUGUAGAGACAUGUUAUUUAUGCCUAUCAUAACCAGCUACUGUACAUAACUUUGCACAGUAAUGUGUUUAUUUUCAAUAAAAUAUGCCAUAUGGUUGUAUGGCAUUCGCUUUUAAAUUGUUUUAAACAUUCUCAUCGAAGAUCUGUUAUUUGAAGAUUGAAGAUUUAUCAGACAAAAUGCUCCCGGAGGUUUAUCUUGAAUGACAUGUGGAGUCUCAGGCCUGCACAUAUAGCAAUGUAUAGGCAUUGUUUUGUAGAGACUAGGGCUUGCAUAGAGAGCUCUAUCUUAAAUGACAUUUUACAAAGAAACUAACCAGCAUAUAUUACUGUUCUAUAAGAGGGAUAAAAAAUACAAGUAAAACGUUUAUUGUACUAUUUCAUUACUAUUUAUUUAGUUGUUUUUUAUUGUUAGAAAUCUUAUAUGCUUCAUGCACAGUGCUUUUUUGUUUUACAUUUCUGUAUUUAAUCUUCGUAAAGAGACGUUUUAUUGGUUGAUUGUAAAUGAAUAUAUAUACCCUGAUGUCACAAAGCACAAACCUGCCGAGCUUUUGUUCAUAGUUCAUGUGUUUGUAAUGUUGUUCAAAGUUUGUCUAAAACAAUUCAGCUAAGUUAACCCAUGACCCUUCUUGAAUGUAUUUCUCUAAUCUGCACUAUUGUUCAAAUUCAAGUAUAUUGUUUUGUAAGUGGAAAAACUCCUUAUAAUGCUUUGAUAUCAAUUUGAUUCUCAAAUAAAAUGUUUUACACAGCAUUA